GGUGAAAUCCAAUCUCAUGCAACAAAAGAAGUCCAAAAGGAAAAUGUUAAUACAUAUCAAAGAGCUAAAAUUGGCAGGAGGGUUGACAUUAUUGGCAUUUUCAAAGAAACAUCUUCUAAAGUUGAAGCUUUAUUUGGAGAAUUGUCUGGAUUUGAAGUAAAUAUUUAUGCUGUCAAAUGGGAAAGGGACGGAGUCUACUUAUUCAGGUUAAUUGAUGAGGGUAUUCUUCCAUUUU